GAUCGUACUAUGCCACGUGACUCGUAUGUUUCUGAAGCUUAAUAUAAUAUGCUUUUAAAGGAAUGAGCAAGAGGUGUAACAUAUUUUCGGUUACUUAUGGGAUGAGCACAGCUUCCCUCGUCUCAAAGGUCAGAUUAACUGUCGACGUCAGAGUCAGUACUUAUAGGGCAGAGAUUCUAGAUCGACAUUCCAUAACACGACAAGACAACUAAAACAACGGUUUUUUUGUGAGAAGAAACAAGAUGGUGAACAUGAAGCUGAUACUUUUGGUGUCUCUGGUGGUGAUUUACACCGAGGCAGUCCCAAUCCAGGAGACCAGCCACAAUCUCGUUAAACGAGGAAUUUUUGGUGAUAUUUGGCAAUCGGCCAGAGAAACACUCACUAACCUGGGUACCGAGGUAGAGCAACACGUGGACAAUGCACGAGAGGAAAUACAGCGUUCUAGAGAUGAAGCAUUGACCAAUCUGAACCAGAUAGGAGAUCAGUUAAGAAGUCAUGCUGAUACUUUGAGGGAGCACGUCCAGGAUCACGUCCAGGUUAUUGUUGACCAUUUCAAUGAUGGCGUUGAAGUUGAAAACGAGGAUGAUUCUUCAACUGAAGAGAACGUGGAAGAUACUUCACCUGUAGUUGACCUGUCAUAAGCGAAUAAAAUAUGUUCAAUACCUGUUAAUAUCACAGAUGAUUGGCGCUCCUGUCGACUCUGUCACCUGUCUCGAUGUUUGUUCCUGUCCGCGUCACGUUAAAAUAUAUCAACAUUUAAAUUAAUGUCUUCUUAUAUUUCCUGUUGAAAAUUAUUAGUCUGAAAUCAUAAAAAAUACUUUCUGAAUAAAAACUCACACGUCCAUUUGACCUCUGUCUGAAAACUACCUAUAGAAAUAAAGUGAAUUUAAAGCAUAA